UUUCAAAUACAUCACUUCAUCCCAAACCAAAGCCAGUUUCAUUCAUUUGGUUUUUAUCAGGAGUUGUAUUUUCUUGUGUCUUUUUUUGUUCGUACUUUGAAAAAUGGCGCAUUUUGGUUCAACACCCGAGCCUACUAAGACUGAUGAGUAUGGGAACCCGGUUCAUCACACCACCACCGGAACCGGUCGGACAGACGAGUUCGGGAACCCGGUUCAGCACGGCGUGGCGGAUACCGGGUACGGAACUGGUGCAGGGUACGGCACUCAUACAAAACCUGGUGUUGUUGAGCACCACGGCGUCCCUGCUGUGCUUCAUUCCAAGGAUGACCAGUACUCUCGUGAUACCCAGACAACCACUGGAGGUUACGGUGGGGACGGGUACACAGGAGGAGAGCACCAGGAGAAGAAGGGUUUACUAGGCCAACUCCAGGACAAGCUGCCAGGUGGGAACAAGGAUGGCCAGUACUCUCAUGACACCCAGACAACCACUGGAGCUUACGGUGGGGCCGGCUACACAGGAGGAGAGCACCACGAGAAGAAGGGUAUAAUAGGCCAAGUUAAGGACAAGCUGCCAGGUGGGCAAAAGGAUGACCAGUACUGUCGUGACACCCACCCAACCACUGGAGCUUACGGUGGCGCCGGCUACACAGGAGGAGAGGACCACGAGAAGAAGGGUAUAAUAGGCCAAGUCAAAGACAAGCUGCCAGGUGGGCAAAAGGAUGACCAGUACUGUCGUGACACCCACCCAACCACUGGAGCUUACGGUGGGGCCGGCUACACAGGAGGAGAGCACCAGGAGAAGAAGGGUAUAAUAGGCCAAGUUAAGGACAAGCUGCCAGGUGGGCAAAAGGAUGAUCAGUACUCUCAUGACACCCACAAAACUACUGGAGCUUACGGUGGGGCCGGAUACACAGGAGAUGAUACCCGGGAGAAGAAGGGUAUAAUAGGCCAAGUGAAGGACAAGCUGCCAGGUGGGCAAAAGGAUGACCAUUACUCUCAUGACACCCACCCAACAACUGGAGCUUACGGUGGGGCCGGGUACACAGGAGAUGAUACCCGGGAGAAGAAGGGUAUAAUAGACCAAGUAAAGGACAAGCUGCCGGGUGGGCAAAAGGAUGACCAUUACUCUCAUGAGACCCACCCAACCACUGGAGCUUACGGUGGGGCAGGGUACACAGGAGAUGAUACACGGGAGAAGAAGGGUGUAGUGGAGAAAGUGAAGGAGAAGCUGCCAGGUGGGCAAAAUGUGCACCCAACCACUGGACCUUACGGUGGGGGUGGGGCCGCGGGCAUAGGAGAGACCCGGGAGAGGAAGGGUGUAGGGGAGAAAGUGAAGGAGAAGCUGCCAGGUGGACAUAAGGAUGACCAGUACCUUCAUGACACCCACCCAACCAAGCCAACCAGUGCAGCUCACGGUGGGGUCGGGCACACAGGAGGAGAGCCCCAGCUCCAUGAGAAGAAGGGGUUGAUUGAGAAAAUCAAAGACAAGCUUCCUGGUCACAACAACCCCCCAAACCCCGUUUCUCAUUUCAAAUACAUCAAAUCCCAAACAGAUCUUAAUUUAAAAUUACUCAAAAGUUCAGCAGCUGUUUGUGUUUGCAGUUUGAAAAUGGCGAGCUAUGAGAAGCAGUACGGGGCAACACCGACCGACGAGUACGGGAACCCGAUCCGCCGCACCGACGAGUACGGGAACCCACUUGGUCAUCACACUACUACGACCGGAACCACCGCGGCCACCACUGGCGCAGGAGGGUACGACCCUCAUGACUUCGCCGCCACCACGGUAGCUGGCCAAGGCCAAGGGGUGCAUGGUCACGACUAUGACAGGAAAGGGCACCACGGCGUCACUGGCGCCGUGCUUCACCGCUCUGGUAGCUCAAGCUCUAGCUCUUCUGAGGAUGACGGGCUAGGAGGGAGGAGGAAGAAGAAGGGGUUGAAGGAGAAGGUAAAGGAGAAGCUGCCAGGUGGAACCAAAACCGAUACAACAUACGGUGGAACUGGGACCACCGGGCAGCACCACCAGGAGAAGGGGACGAUGGACAAGAUCAAGGAGAAGCUGCCUGGGACUGGGGGGCAUAGGGCAGAUGACCCCUACCCAUCUCAGACUCAUACAACUGCCACCACCACACCUUAUGGUGGAACCGCCUACACCGAAGAGCACCAAGAGAAGAAGGGGAUCAUGGACAAGAUCAAGGAGAAACUUCCCGGACAACACUAGAUAUCAUUUAUAAGUGCUCAUAUAAAUAUGUAUACAGAGUGGUUAAUUAGUAAUUUUAUGCCCUGUAUAAUAAGCUGGCGGUGAGCUCAGUUCUUUUAUGCUCAAUACGCAAUGGCGUUUGUGUUUCGUAAUGUACUUUGUAUGUCGUUUGUUUCAAUAAAUAGACUUGCUUUUCUGUGAGCAA